AUGGCGGAAAGAUAUAUCCCCGAACAUCGGCGAACCCAGUACAAGGCGAAAGGCAGUUUCAAGCCCGAUGAGCUGCGUCGUCGCCGUGAAGAACAACAAGUCGAAAUUCGUCGCCAGAAGAGAGAGGAAAAUCUAGCCAAGCGAAGAGGAGUCCAGCGCGGAAAUGGCGAGAUCGGUAUUGGUGGUCUCACGGAGCCAGAUAGUGAUGAUGAGACGGCCAAUAUUGAGAAUGAGUUGAGCACCGAACUGCCAGAAAUGGUCAAAGGAGUCUUCUCGGACCAGAUCGAUGCUCAGAUUCAAGCCACCACAAAAUUCCGGAAACUCCUGUCCAAAGAACGCAACCCGCCCAUCGAGAAAGUCAUCGAGACUGGUGUCGUCAGCCGCUUCGUCGAAUUCCUCCGAUCCCCCCACACUCUCGUCCAAUUCGAGGCCGCCUGGGCUCUCACCAAUAUCGCUAGCGGAAGCGCCGCCCAAACACAAGUCGUAAUUGAAGCUGGUGCUGUUCCUAUCUUUGUUGAGCUUUUGAGCAGCCAUGAGCCGGAUGUUCGAGAGCAAGCAGUCUGGGCUUUGGGUAACAUUGCAGGCGACUCUCCUGCGUGCCGUGACUAUGUCCUCAGCCAGGGAGCCCUGAAGCCCUUGCUUAAUCUCAUUGCCGAUGGGCGUAAGUUGAGCAUGCUUCGAAACGCAACGUGGACUUUGAGCAACUUCUGCCGCGGGAAGACCCCUCAACCGGAUUGGAAUACCAUUCAACCCGCACUCCCGGUCCUCGCAAAGCUCGUCUACAUGCUCGAUGACGAAGUCCUCAUUGAUGCCUGCUGGGCCAUUUCUUACCUUUCCGAUGGCUCGAACGACAAGAUUCAGGCUGUCAUCGAAGCUGGCAUCCCACGACGUCUUGUUGAACUUCUAAUGCAUGCUUCUACAUCUGUCCAAACCCCAGCUCUUCGGUCGGUGGGAAACAUCGUCACUGGAGAUGACGUGCAGACACAAGUGAUUAUCAACUGCGGCGCUCUGACAGCUCUACUGUCGUUGCUCAGCUCUCAGAAAGAUGGUAUCCGCAAGGAAGCAUGCUGGACAAUCUCAAACAUAACGGCCGGCAACUCAACUCAAAUUCAAGCGGUCAUUGAUGCGGGUAUCAUCCCUCCCUUGAUACAUCUCCUGUCCAACGGCGACUUCAAGACUCGGAAAGAAGCUUGCUGGGCCAUUUCAAAUGCCACUUCCGGAGGUCUUCAGAAGCCUGAUCAGAUCAGAUACCUUGUCUCUCAAGGAUGCAUCAAGCCCCUCUGCGAUUUGCUAGCCUGCCCGGAUAAUAAGAUCAUCCAAGUCGCUUUGGACGGACUAGAGAAUAUCCUCAAGGUGGGUGAAAUGGACAAAGAGGCUGCGGACCCCCGUUCUCCAGAGGGACAGGUCAAUCGAUAUGCAUUGUUCAUUGAAGAGGCCGGUGGAAUGGAGAAGAUUCACGACUGCCAGAACAACGCCAAUGAGGAAAUUUACAUGAAGGCGUAUAACAUUAUCGAGCGGUACUUCUCCGACGAGGAAGAUGCCGGCGCUGAUAUUGAAGAAUUGGCACCGCAGGCUAGCGCCACUGGCUUUACUCUUGGAUCAAACCAACCCCAAGGCCAAUUCAACUUUGCAAACGGCAACGACUCUAUGGACAUGUAG